GCGCAGGCCGGAAGUGGGCGCGUCCGCUCCCUCAAAGCCCAUCCUUGAUUGGUUGGAGCUGUCUUAGCUCCCAGAUCUUCCACAGAGACAACGCCCGCAGGCUAGGCAUGAAGGCGGCGACGGCGGCGGUGGUGGUGACGGCGGCUUCUCCUGCGAUGGAGCCGGGCCCCUCUGUGUCUCCGGGGCCUUCGCGCUCCUUCAAAGAGGAGCUGCUGUGUGCCGUGUGCUACGACCCGUUCCGCGACGCAGUGACUCUGCGCUGUGGCCACAACUUCUGCCGCCGGUGCGUGAGCGGCUGCUGGGAGGUGCAGACGACGCCCUCGUGCCCGGUGUGCAAGGAACGAGCGGUGCCCGGGGAGCUGCGCACCAACCACACGCUCAACAACCUGGUGGAGACCUUGCUGCGCGAGGAGGCCGAGGGCGCGCGCUGGACCGGUCGCCGGUCCCCGCGCCCCUGCCGCGCGCACCGUGCCCCGCUCACGCUCUUCUGCCUGGAGGACAAGGAGCUGCUGUGCUGUGCCUGCCAGGCCGACACCAGGCACCAGGAGCAUCGUGUGCAGCCCAUCAAGGACACUGCGCAGGACUUCCGGGCCAAGUGUAAGAACAUGGAGCAUGUAUUGCGGGAGAAAGCCAAGGCCUUCUGGGCCCUGAGGCGCACCUACGAGGCCAUUGCCAAGCACAAUGAGGUGCAGACAACUUGGCUGGAAGGACGCAUCCGCGAUGAGUUUGACAAGCUCCGAGAUUUCCUGAGGGUGGAGGAACAGGCCACCUUGGAUGCCAUGAAGGAAGAGAGCCGAAAGAAGCACCUGCAGGCUGAGGAGAAGAUGAAGCAGCUGGCAGAACAGACCGAGGCGUUGGCUCGAGAGAUUGAGCGUCUGCAGAUGGAGAUGAAGGAAGACGACAUGACCUUCCUCAUGAAACACAAGAGCCGAAAACGCCGGCUCUUCUGUACGGUGGAGCCAGCUCCUCUGCAGCCUGGCUUGCUAAUGGAUGCGUGCAAGUAUCUGGAGUCCCUGCAGUACCGAGUCUGGAAGAAGAUGCUUGGGUCCGUCGAAUCUGUGCCCUUCAGCUUGGAUCCCAACACAGCUGCUGGCUGGCUCAAAGUGGCCGAUGACCUCACAAGUGUCAUCAACCAUGGCUAUCGUGUGCAGGUGGAGAAUCCAGAGCGCUUCUCCUCGGCACCCUGCCUGCUGGGCUCUCAAGUUUUCUCGAAGGGCUCCCACUCUUGGGAGGUGGAUGUGGGUGGCCUGCCAACCUGGCGGGUGGGCGUGGUACGGGUGCAGGCACACGCACAGGCGCAGGCUCAGGCUGAUGUAGGUGGUGAAGGCCACUCACACAGCUGCUACCAUGAUACACGCUCAGGCUUCUGGUACCUGUGCCGCACGCAGGGUGUGGAUGGAGACCACUGCAUGACUUCCGACACCGCCACAGCCCCUCUGGUCCAGGCCAUGCCACGCCGUCUGCGUGUGGAGCUGGAGUGUGAGGAGGGUGAGCUGUCCUUCUAUGACUCUGAGCGCCACUGCCAUCUGUACACCUUCCAUGCCCACUUCGGGGAGGUGAGGCCCUACUUCUACCUGGGGGCCUCUCGGGGUGAUGGUCCUCCAGAACCUCUGCGCAUAUGUCACCUGCGCGUCUCUAUCAAGGAAGAGCUGGACAUCUGAGCUGCGGGAGUAGCCCACUGACCCCCAUGCAGCGUCCUGUACCUGUCUUAUCCUUUCUGUAGCCCCAAGUCCUCCUGUGCCUCUGUCUUUAUUUUUAGUCCUUUUUCUGCCCAAAGUUAGGAACCAUCCAGGGGGUGCUUGGCUGAGCCUAGGCUCUCUGUGUAUAGUCAUGCUGGAUGUGGGCUUUCCGAUUGCCUUUGUUCUUGGAUUGCUGGUACACUAUUUUCUUGUAGGAUGGAUGGCAUUAUAAUUAAUGUAGGUGUGACUAUUUUUAGAGAUGAUGAAGCUAGCCUAUCAGAAGAUGCUUCUUGCUGAGUCCAUUUGUCAUUUAUGUUUCCCAGGAAGAGGUCCUUGUCAGGCCACACAGGGAAGCCCCAGGAUGGGUUGAGACGAGUGGGCAAAGCCUUCACCUAGGCUCUCCCAGCCUAGUAGGACAAGCUAGGCACUGGCCAGCCUAACUGAGCAAGCAUGGAGUUUCCCUGUUGGACCCUAGGACAGGAUCGUCCUUGACUUUUUCUGUGGGAGCUCUGUGAGGUACUCUUGGAGUACAGCUGAGAGUUAGUGGGUAUCACAGGAAGGGCAGCUCUAGGGCCUUUGGCAGUGAGUAAGGAUUGACCAGCUUCAAGUCAGUGGUGUAGAGGCCAAAGCACCAGGAUGCAAUGAGUGAGAAGACUGCUGGAGGGAGCCCCCCUGCUGCUCAGUGGGGUGGGGGCUAUGUUCCUGGUAUGGAAUCAACACAGAUUGGUCAACUCCUGCUUUGAAAGUUUCCUCUGGAAUUGUCCAGUUUUCUAGAACUGUUUUGUUAUUUUUGGUUUUUUUUUUUGUUUGUUUGUUUGUUUGUUUGUUUGUUUGUUUGUUUUGAGACAGGGUUUCUCUGUGUAGCCCUGGCUGUCCUGGAACUCACUCUGUAGACCAGGCUGGCCUCGAACACAGAAAUCCUCCUGCCUCUGCCUCCCAAGUGCUGGGAUUACAGGCAUGUACCACCAUGCCUGGCUUCUAGAACUCUUUUUAAAAAAUUAACUUUUUGCCCUCUGAAUUGAUACUAGUUCUUGGAAGUCACUGGAGGAAGGUAUGAGAAGGGGCCUCAGCGGAUGCUGUCUCAGUCAGGAACUGUUGGUCUGGAAGACCAGUCCUGCCCUCCUGCCCUUGUCUUCAUUGGCUUCCCCUGCUUGUUCUUGCCCUGCUCGCUGCGGACUGCUGUGCCCUCCGCCUUUUCUUCCUCAGUCGUGCCUAUAGGUGGAGUCUAAUUGCCAACUAACCAAAUCCAAGUGGUCUCAUAAGGAAAAAACACCGUCUCAGGGGUGCCCUGUCACAGUCAAGACCUAGGACCUAGCAUCCCAAUUUCAGCCUGCACCCCUCAUUAUAUAAGACUUGUUUUAAACCAUGUCACUCACCCACUAACUGGCUCUAAAUGGGUCGUGUGCAUUGAUUAUCUAACAAGUGGAGACACAGAAGAAACGCUGGAGCAGGGACAGUGUUGGCAAGCCGGCUUAGGAGUGUCAGAGGCUUGGGCACCAUGGGUGUGAAAAGGUGUCCCUGGUGUGGUGGAUGUGGUCAGUUUCUCUAUAAGAGACUCUGAGAUUACUAUUAAAAGUUUUUAAACAUUUUUUUCUUUUUAAAAUUUUAACCUUAACUCUUUUUAAAUAGGGUAGUUUCAAUGACCUAGUCUCUUUUAGAAAAGUUUUGUCCCACAAGACAUGUUUCUUUCAGAGCUUUUGUAAACACAAAUUCCUAUUGUAACUCAUACCUAACUUGAUCCUUCCCAUUGUGUGCAGUGAAUGUGCUGUGUAACUUGUUAGUUGGUGGACAUUUGGCUUGUUUAGCUAUUAUGAGUUCUGCUGCUAUGAAAUUUGUGUACAAGUUUUGUAUGGAUGUAUCUUUUUUGAUUCUUUGUCAUAUACCUUGGAAUCUGUUUUCCAGGUCAUAUGAUAAUUAUUUUAAGCCCUUUGGGGACUUGCCAAGCUGUUUCUAAGAGAGCCGUCCCAUUUUCUAUUCCCACCGGCAGCAGGUGAGGGCUGGCUUGUAACGAGUUCUGUCUGCCCUCUAAGCUAGCCAUACUGAGGAAGCUGGAGUACGUCUCAUUUGGCCUGUAGUUGCUAUUCCUGAUGGGCGGGAGCAUCUUUCCUCAUGUUUGCUGUGUAUCUGCUUUAGAGACUUCAGAGUUUGCCCAUUGGGUUGUCUGACCUUUUAUUAUGAAGUUUUAUAAGUUUGUUAAUGCAUUCUAGAUAAAAAUUCCUUUGUGUCAGAUGAAUCACUUAUAAAAAUUUUCCUCCCAAUUCA